UGCCCCAUCGUUGGUGUCAGUGGGAGGAAUAGUGUCCCAUCGUUGGUGUCAGUGGGAGGAAAAGUGCCCCAUCGUUGGUGUCAGUGGGAGGAAAAGUGCCCCCAUCGUUGGUGUCAGUGGGAGGAAGAGUGCCCCAUCGUUGGUGUCAGUGGGAGGAAGAGUGCCCCAUCGUUGGUGUCAGUGGGGGGAGGAAUAGUGCCCCAUCAUUGGUGUCAGUGGGGGGAAAUAGUGCCCCAUCGUUGGUGUCAGUGGGGGGAGGAAUAG